AUGACACUCCCCGAACCCGAAGAUGUCGCCGUUCUUCACAAGACAAUUCUUCUUCGGAUGAAGCCAAAACAGGCAGGGGCAAACCUUCCAGUCCCCGCCGUCGAAGCAGAUCCCUUGGUUCAAGCAUUCUUGGUAAAGAUAGUACCAAUGCUCCCCGAAGCCGACGAUCAGGUCGGUCUUCACAAGAUAGUUCUUCUUCGGAUGAAGCCAAAUCAGACAGUGGGAAAGCUUCCCGUCCCAUCCGUCGAAGUAGAUCCCUCGGUUGCAGCAUUCACAGCAGAGGGAGCAGCAAAGCUCCCCGAACCCGACGUUCUUAUCAUUCUUCAAAUGAUAGUUCUUCAUCAGUUGGCUCCAGCAUUCUCAGCACGGAGAGUAGCAAUGCUCCCCGAACCCGACGAUCACGUCGGCCUUUACAAGAUACUUCUUCAUCGGAUGAAGCCAAAAAAGACAGCAACAAAGCUUCCAGCCCCCGGCGUCGAAGCAGAUCCGUUGGUUCAAGCAUUCUCAGGACAGAGAGUAACAACACCCCCCGAAGCCGACGAUCAGGUCGUUCUUCGCACGUUGCCCCUGACGACAAGGGGGAGCAAGCAAGUGUAA